UGACUUAUUUUUGACACGGAUAUGACGUAUUGUGGCGUGAUGUUACCGGUUUUAUCAUAAUUUGUUAUAUUCUGCUUAAAAUUAAGAAAGAUAAUUAUUACUACGAUGCAUAUUAUCCCUUCUUCCACGUGCUUUUGCAAUACGGUCUAUUGUGUCUCUAUUCUACACAUCGAAUGUUUAUUAUAAAUAAACCGACCGCCUGGUAACGGGAAUCCCCGACUUGCGCACUUUGCCGGGCGGCUAAUAUCUUGUUCCGGUAAUGAUCACCGCAGAAAAAUAUAGUUCGAAAUUGUAAAUGAUUUAUGGAGUUUAUGAGAAAAUCACAUUGUGGUCACUUCAUUUAUGACUCUUAUCUAAAAUAUUGAGUGAACUCUUAAAUUUAUUGAAGGUAUCACAUUUUUCAUACUGUUGCGGAAUAAUUUUGAUAGUCUAAGCAGCUGUAAACGUAGUUCCCUAUUGAGGAAACCAUGAUCGAAUAACAAAACUUGUCAUCAUCCGAUUUUAUGGAAAAUGUGUUGUGAGAUCAGAUAGAAAUAGCAUGUAAGGAGAAGAGGAAUAUUUUGUAAACAGUGUAGCAUGGGAAAAUUCCACCCACCCCCUCCCAAACUCGAAGAAAAACUUGGAUUUAGUUGGUAUAUUAGUUGACCAAAGUCUUGGAAGUGCUGAACGUGGUAAUUCCAUAAAACUACGGACUUUUGUUCAAAAAAUAAUCAGAAAUAGCAUACAGAACGUUUAGUAAUAGUAUGCACUCUCAAGCAAGAGAGUACGAAGAAGCAUCCAGAUCUGGGAGAAAACAAAGUGCUCGCAGCAUGCAGAACAGAACGGGCAGUUCAGCUGGACCCAUGAUGGUGGGUCCCAACUUCAGAGUAGGGAAGAAAAUUGGGUGUGGGAACUUUGGAGAGUUGAGAUUGGGGAAGAAUCUAUACAACAAUGAGCAUGUAGCUGUGAAAUGUGUAAGUAUAGACCUUAAGAAAACAGUAGAGCAUUCUCAAGAACAGGGAUGUGAAUCAUUGCCCAUGUCUGCCGAGGGUAUUCCCAAUGUCUACUACUUUGGACCAAGUGCAAAAAACAAUGCAUUGGUGAUGGAAUUGCUGGGGCCAAGCUUAGAGGAUUUAUUUGACAUAUGUGACAGAAAAUUCACCCUGAAGACUGUACUAAUGAUAGCCAUACAGUUGAUUUCGAGGAUGGAAUUUGUGCAUUCAAAACACUUGAUCUACAGGGACGUGAAACCGGAGAAUUUCCUAAUAGGGAGGCAGUCAACUAACAAACAACAUAUCAUACAUAUUAUAGACUUUGGUUUAGCCAAAGAGUAUAUUGACAGUGAAACACACAAGCACAUACCGUACCGGGAACAUAAGAGUCUAACGGGUACCGCGAGGUACAUGAGCAUAAAUACACAUUUAGGAAAAGAACAAAGUCGAAGGGAUGACCUUGAGGCCCUUGGUCACAUGUUCAUGUAUUUCUUACGAGGGAGCUUACCAUGGCAGGGUCUCAAGGCGGAUACCUUGAAGGAACGCUACCAAAAAAUCGGGGAUACGAAGCGAGCAACCCCAAUUGAAGUCUUGUGUGAAAAUUUCCCAGAGGAAUUUGCUCAGUAUUUACGAUAUGUACGGCGACUGGACUUCUUUGAGACGCCUGACUACGACUACCUAAGGCGACUGUUCACAGAUCUCAUGUACCAGAAGAGUUACGAGUGCGACUGGAACUUUGACUGGGUUGGCCGGCAGUCCACACCAGUACCCAUUCCUUCACAGGACCCAAUAGGACCCUCCAAAACGAACGAGGGAGCACCAGGCAGGCAUCACCCUCAACCGAAGAAGCCCGGUGCAAAUCAAAGGGGACUAGCCUGGGGCGAAAGUUCCCGACACACCAGUAACUAUCUGGGUGCCAACCUCGCACCCGAUAGACAUGGGGGCUCAGUUCAGGUGCUGAAUUCCAACAAUGGUGACGUGAACACGGAGGAUAAUAACGAUAUGGGCCAGCACUCCACUCUGCAGCUUAGUAAAGACAGGCAGGAAGAGGACAACAGUGAAACAAAAUGCUGUUUUUUCCGUCGACGCAAGAAAAAGAAGACAACACGUUAACAAAACAUCCAUACUACAGCCAAUUAUUUUCAAGGAAAUUUUAUUAGUCUUUUAAGAGUUACAACUUUUAUAUGUUGCCAUUUUCUGGUGUAUUUCUCAUUUUAAUACUGCAAUAAAAACUCUUGUGGACUGUGACACUUGUUCUGUGAGUGAGUGCGUUUUAAACCAGCUGAAAAGGAACUGUAUGGAGAUUUUAAUGUGAACUUCGGAUGUGAACGCCAGAAUUUGUUCUGUCUUGUUAUUUGUGUUGACGUUUUACAGUACUCUUGUUAUUUAUAAUAAUUCCACUGAACUCUGUGUAUAUGGUGCGGAAGUCUUGAGACUGGUCGAGAGAAUUCGGCCGCAAAACCCUGUAGUGGAUGUAUUCAUGUAAUAUCUGCCUGCACAAAUCCUCUCGUGCUUUUCGCAGGUGCUGCUGUUUCACCCGAAGAAAAAGGCCACGGAAAAGCAAGAGACGGAAAUGACAAGCAAUGUCAGGAGGAGACGAUGUUCAUUAUAUCCCUCUACAGCCAAUCAUACAGGCUGACGUCAGAAAAGAUCAUGUGUAUCACCCUCGACUAAUACAAACCUCGACUGAAGGUGUUGUCAAUCAGUCUUUUGAGUAAAAACCAAAGACGUACAGCAUUUUUAGACCAUUCAAUGAGUGCAAGUUAUGUGUGCCAGCAAACGGAGAGAGUAGUCAAGGGUUUUCUUAUCAGGUUUUCCCUAAAAUUGAUGUUUUUUUUUGGUUUUGUUUUUUUACGUUGUAUACUUUUUUUCAAAUAUUUUAAUGGUAAUUUCAAAAUAUUUUCCCUGAUUGAUGAAACAAGAUUCUUGAGUGUUAAUCAGGUGUUAAUCGUCUCUUACUUUGCUCUGUUGUCUACUCAUAACAAAUGUGUGACUUUGAGGUACCUAAAUAGUGAAAAAUAUUAGACAUACAAGUUACAUGUAUUUCAUACCGGAAGAUGUGUUUAACUAGCAAGUUAUCGUUAACUUGAACGAGGUUAUUGUUUCUAUAAAGGGUGAUUUGCGUGUGGAUGAAAUUACUUGUUUGCAUGAUUGUCAUUCGUAUAAUGUGCCAUUUGUUUUCUCUGAGUUUUUCAUAUCUCUUCAAAAUCUGACAAGCAUUUUUAUAUACCUGUCUUGCCAGACUACAUUUUUCAGAGAUUUUAAAAAUGAAAGUAGAGAGAAAAUGCUGUAUUUGUUAGUCCUACUGCACUGACUAAUGGGACAAUACAGAGAGUGCUUGUAAACAAUGAUUUUCUUAGUGCCAAGAAGCAGAACUGUAUUCUAAGAUGGAACAAACAGUUAUUUGUUUCAUCUCUGUUUUUAUAUCGUUUUGUGGAGAAGUUUAAAAAAAAAUUCCCUCAGAAAAUGGCAGAAUGUGUAUUUUAUGCAUUGUUAGAUGUAUUGUACAUACAUAGAAUUGUUUUUCUAUAAUUUGACAAAUGAAUUCUAGUAUUAACACCUUGUUCAGCCAGAUUAUAAUAUUUGUAAUUAUGAAAGUAUGUAUAAGCUUGUUUUUGCUAGUUACAAUGAAAAAGUCUGAUCAACAGAAACUGACAAAUGGUUUUUGAGUCCUCAUGUAAGGACGUUAAUUUCAUCAUUCCAAAUAACAAAUGGGAGCCCUUUGUGAAUCUGAUUGUAGAUUUUUCUAGGUCAGAAGUAAAGGUUAACACAUGCGUCUGAUUGUAAAGUUUAAGGUCAACACACAAUUCUCUGUAAAUAUGAUGGUCAAGUUUUGUGUCGAAAAUAAAGCUCAACAAGAACAUUAAAGUUCGGGGUAAAAGCAGUGUGAAAGUAAAGCUUAACAAGAACAUUCAAGCUUGGGGUAAAAGUGGGUUUAUUGAUAUGAAAAGAAUGAAGUAUAUAUAUUAUCACAGUGGGCUUUCACAUACACAGUGUGCAAGAAAUGAGUUUUCACAAAUGAUGAAUUCUCCCAUAAAUCACAGAUAUUUCUGUAUUUUUACUGAAAUUCUAAGUUUCAGUUGAAGAAAUACUUUGAUGCCAUUUUCGUGUGAGAGCAUUUUCUCAGUGUCAAGGUUGUUUGGUCUCUAGGUUAAAUCAAGACAACUUAUAUCCGUUGUAUUGCAACAACGGUAUACUUUUUCAACUCUGAGCAGUAAUUACGAUGUGUUUUUUGCACAAAACAAUUUUUUUUUUACAUCAUAUAUAUGUAACUGUGGACAAGCUAAGCUUCAAGUUCAGAAUGCAAGAUCUCAGAAAAUGUGUCUGUGUGUGUGAUAUUGUUUUUUUUAAUCAGUAUCCAUAAUAUUUAAAGCAGGUAUAAUCAUAUGUGUUGAGGGAACGAGUGAUCUACACCAUUGUCUGAUAAAAAAAAAUAAUUAAUGUACUAUCAGAAAUAAAUUUCAAAUCUAUUGAUAA